AUGCACAGCAUUCUGCGCGGCAGGUCGAACGAUGAGUUUCUGCUGCAACUUGCGUUCAGCGCGUCUCACCACCCUAGCUGUGUCCCACGUGACAGCGCGUCUAUUGAUAACGCCAUCUACAAGAGCACAACAAUCAUCAUUAUCAUCAUCAUUAUGCUUCCUACUGGCAUCCCUGUCAUUACUGGUGCGCCCGCCUUCAUUGUCCAGGCAUCCGGCGCCUGCAUUCUUCACAGAGUCAUCCUCCCUAUACUGUGUUCGCUGAUCGCUGACGUCAAGAUCCUUAAGACACCUCAUGCGCUGCGCCAACUCCUCCAGACCGCGUUGGGCGGCCUCGUCAAGGUAAUUUUGCGACAGUGA